UCCUCGAGCGGGACGGACGCGCUUUUGAUCUUCCCUUCGUCUAAAUUCUCGGUACAAUGUGCAUUCGAUCGGGAUUCAUCGUUCCUGUUCUGAUCUAGUUUCGGUGUGCAAAUUUGUGUUUGACUUAAUCUGGCUAUUUUUGUGACUAAGGCUUACGCCAUCGUUACGUCACAAACUCCAUCGGUGGUGAUUUAAAGCAGGGAAACCGCGUGCAAUUUUGCGUUUGUUUUCGCAAUUCAAUGCGUGUUGGUUGCUACUUUAGUUCGCGUAACAGUCGUGUGAAAAGUUUAGUAGAUAGUUUUAUUGAAACGCUUUCAAAUAGCAAGGAAGACUCCGCUAUCCAGCCAUCAAUCAUCUCUUGGAAAAGCUCUGCGUGCAUGAACCUCUUCGUUAACUGCCAGUCAACCUUUGCCGCAUCCAUUUUUCCUGCAGCAUUAUUUGGCGCGAUUAAUUAAGUCAAUAAAUUAAAAGUGAAACUCUCGUUUGGAGAGACGUUCAUCCACACGUUAGUUUGCGAGGCCACACUGACUUUGAGGCACAAGCCGGCCCAAGUAAGGGAGCCUCGGUGGUCGCUAAUGAUCGAUAGUGCAUAAAAUCGGUGCAAUCACAUAAUACGGCAUUGCAGGUAGCUGGGCAAAGUAUGUUACAUCGAGUACUUGUUGGAAGGGUAUAAUCGAACCAUAAUCAAAGGCAACAGAAGGCGUCACGGAGUGAUAGUGUUAUUAUUAAUCGACGGUCCCGCGGCUUGCUGUAUAAAAAUAUCAACCUGCUAGAAGAGUCAAUAACACUUGGACGGAUCUUAUCUUUGAUUCGAGCGUUGGAAAUGGCAUUUUUCAAGAGCAUUUGGAAGAACAACUCAAAACACAAAAAACUUUGCGAGGAACUGGCCCUGGCUAAUAACAUCCGGGACUUUUCGGAUAAUCACGAAGAGUUGGAGGAUGGUUUUGACGAUACGAUUACCUACAGCGUCAAGUAUUUGGGUAACACUACAAUCCCUACCCCUCGAUCAGAUAAUUCUACGGCCGACGCGGUGAAACGAAUCAUAGCUUCUGCCAAAGGAAACAAAAAGUUGCAGCGAGUAACCCUUUCCAUCUCGCCGAAGGGAAUCGAAAUGCAGGAUCCUGCUACGGGAGAAACACUCCUGCAGGUGUCCAUCUACAACAUCUCCUACUGCUCGGCAGACGCUGCGCACGAUCACGUGUUUGCCUUUGUCGGAACCACGUCCAAUCCGGAGACUGAAAUUAAGGAGAUGUGCUUCCGGAAGGCGGCCGAAGAGGUGGAGCUCGAAGGACCGCUCGUGUGCUAUGCCUAUCUGUGUCAGAAGCGCAAAAUGGCUCAAACCGUCACGCUCACUGUGGCCCGCAGUUUCGAGAGGGCCUAUCAGAUUUGGCAAAACAAGCAAUUCCAUGCCGAGCGAAAGAGAAAGGAGCUGGAAAAACUGAACGCUUGCAAUCGAGCGGAAAGUAGUGGCACCAGCAGUCAUUACAGCCAACGGAAAACGACGGGGUCGACGGACGAAGCCGAUAGUCGAAGUUUACUUAUCGAUUUCAACUCGGAUCUUACGGCAGAGAUUUGCUCUAAAGAUCAUCGCGAUUUAUUGCAGAAUACUUGGAAUUCUUCGCAGUGCCAAAUCUGAAUGCUACUAAUGGUUGGAGCCGGAGAGCAAUUUGCUCAAACUAAAUUUGAUUUUUCGGAACUUUGUUUUUGGAUUCUAAAUGAUCAAUAUUUUGUUAGUGAUAAGGGAAAUCUUCGGAUACCCAUUUUUAAAUAAUUAUGAAAUUUGCGCCGCUUCAAAUAAUUGUGAUAAAUUUUUUUAUGACCUGCGCUUUCAAAUAAAUGUAAAGAAAGGAUAUGGUUUUCAUGCUACCGGAGAAACGUUCGAUGUAGUUUUAUCCCACUAGGUCCGGUAUAAGGUACAAAAUGUUCCAGGAAAAUUAAUACUGUAUAAAACACUCAUGAAAUGUUUUGAGUUGUUGAUCUAAACUCCAAUUAUCGCAGAGAACGUGCGAAUUGAGUCUAGUUAAUCUGAUUCAUACAAUACUUUUGACGUCUACUUGAAUGAGUCAUCUCAUGUAUCCAGGUCCGCAGCGUGCGAUGGGCCGGGUUGGCCCUCGUCAAGGGCCAGCCUUAAAGGGGCGCUGAAAUCUUGAUCGGUUUUAAAAAAAAAUAAGUGAGGAUAAAUUAAAAAUGAGUUAGGAUAGGUGCGCCAUUUGAGAUUUUGAUUGAAAUGCGAAAGCGCUCGAAAUUCAUUGUGGGUCUCAAAUUUCUAAGACCAGCAGCUGUUUCGUUCGACUUUGUGUCAGCACUUUCUCGAGCUGUUAUAUUUGGCGACCUAUCAAGAGAAAAAUUUUAUAAGGAAUCUCAUCUGUCAAUAGUUUUUAUGAAAAGUAACGGAUUUCCCCACAUGGGUCGCAGUCUCCUUGAGCCAAGAGUGUGUGAAGAAGUGUCGUGGUGGGUGGCGUAGUUCACUUUUGUAUUUCUACGCAAACGAGUGCUUAGAAAGUUUUUUAAGCUAUUUCACCUUCAUGAUUUUCUACACACUUACCGCACCGGAUCUUAUUGCUACAAUGGCCCAUUUUGUUGUGUUUAGUGAAAAACAUGACGCGCCGUAUAAACUGCAGAUGGCAGACAAAUCUCGUUAAAGAAAAAGCUGACUUUCUCGUUGAACGUCUCCCGAUAUAAGUUUGAAGGGGCGUACAAUUUUGUCCCGUCUUGUGCAAUUGCCCUCACUGGAGAAAGGAGUCCUUGAAACUAUUAACCCCUUCACACCAUACAUGAUCAACUCGAAUCGGUGACUACAUUGUCGAUCUCAACAGCAUGAACGGACAUAAAGAUGCGGUAAUUCUUCAUAAAACACAACUUUCGAGAUGUAUUACGGCUGAAUAUUUCUGCAUCAGUUUUUUAGAAAUCCUUAGAAUACUUAGUUGAUUAUCUUUAAUCCGAAGGAUCAGAAAUAUGGUUCAAUCGAAUUGAAUGUGUAUGAUUUUGAAAGGAAGGUCGGAGUCUUCGGCAACGCAUGUUGAAUUCGAAGAAAGAGACAUAAAUUGUGGGAGAUACACGCAGGUUUUUUUACGCGGUUUUUUACGAGGGUUUUUACGCAGAUUUUCUAAUUAACGCAGAUUUUCCAAUUAACGCGGUUUUUGCAAAAAUAUUCUAAGUCCUUUUGAAUGCAAAAGACUUAGAAUAUUUUCGGAAAGAUGGAAGAGACGCGUCUGGAAGACUCCUUAUGGCCCGCACCCCAACAAUAUGGGUAUUUUCGAAAUGGUCUUGAAAAGUAGGUGCCAGAAAUUGAUUUUUGACGCCAUUUUGAAAUCAAAGAUGGCGACUUCAUGUUUAGCGAAAUUCGCUAUAUCCAAAUCAAUAUGGAUAUUUUCGGAAUGGUCUUGAAGAGUAGGUGCCAGAAAUUGAAUUUUGACGCCAUUUUGAAAUCAAAGAUGGCAACUUCCGGUUUAGCGAAAUUCGCUAUAACCCAAUCAUUAUGGGUAUUUUCGGAAUGGUCUUGAAGACUAGGUGCCAAAAAUUGAUUUUUGACGCUAUUUUGAAAUCAAAGAUGGCGACUUCCGGUUUAACGAAAUUCGCUAUAACUCAAUCAAUAUGCAUAUUUUCGGAAUGGUCUUGACGAGUAGGUGCCAGUUAUGCGAAGGAUUUACUUCGAUUCGUAUUAAAGUUCGACAGAGAAUGCGCUAAAAUUGCUAACGAAAAAAGCAGUUUUUUCCACACCGUGUUAUAAAAAUAAAUCUUCAUAAAAAUUUAUCAGCUUAUGUAGAAUGUUACAGUACUGUUGAUUGAUUUUUAUGAAGAUCUUACACACGGUGUGGAAAAAACUGCUGUUUUCGUUUUCGAUUUUUGCCCAUUCUCUGUUCAACCUUAAUCGUUUUGGCCCUUAUUGCGGGUAUCACUUCGCGGUGUAAACGAAGUGAUCAACACCCUAUUCCGGGUGUCACCUUCGUGAUAAAAUGUGUAGAGUUCAUUCGAAGUGACAACUUGAAUGCACAGUUUAUAGAGAACAGUUGCGCAAAGAGUGAAGUCCAAAAAAGUCUACCUAUCGAGCACAAUUGGAAUCCAUUUCUGAUACCUCUGCAGCAAAGCUGGAUUCUAAUUUUGCUCGAUAGGUAGACUUUUUUGGCUUCACUUUCUGCACACUCUUUGCGUACCUUUAUACUAAGGCCUUUGCUUGAAUGAACUCGGUAUUAUUAUGAACGUCACGUCACGAUCACUUUGUCGAAAAAAAUGACACUACCUGUGUAUUUUUUCCACCAUCAUUUUCAAAGGUGAAACAGUCACUUAAAAUGAAGAGAGUUUAAAAUUUGAAUUUUGUUUUGCUUUUUUUUAUUAUUACUUUGAAAUAUUUUAUGCUGUUUAACCAGAAAUAGACAAACAAGAGAAAAUUUGUGUGAUUUGUAGAUUUUAGGUUGAAGAAUCCUGAAGUAGUUAGGGGAGGCCGGUUUGCUUGA